CCGCUCGUCUUUGACUACAUUUACCUACAGCGGUGUCAUUGAGAAACAUGGCUGCGUCCACGGGUGCUGCAAGCGCUGCUGCCUCCGACUUUCAAAGUCCAGGUUCGGCUGGUCCGGGUAUGGACAGCCCGCCGAUCCAGUACAGUAUGAUUCUGGAGCAUCUAGUCGGGGACAAGAGGCCCAUAAAGGACCUGAGCCCCGGUGUCAUGGGGGGCCUGCCGGUGCCUGCUAAAAGCGACGACCAGAAGAUGAUCGAGAGGGGCAUGGAGAGCUGCGCCUUCAAGGCGGUUCUGGCCUGUGUGGGAGGGUUUGUCCUCGGAGGAGCUUUCGGUGUCUUCACGGCUGGUAUAGAUACCAAUGUUGGCUUCGACCCCAAAGACCCUCUGAAAACUCCAACAGCACGAGAAGUCCUCAAAGACAUGGGCCAGAGGGGGAUGUCCUACGCCAAGAACUUUGCCAUCGUGGGCGCCAUGUUCUCCUGCACAGAGUGCAUCAUAGAAUCACACAGAGGUAAGUCUGACUGGAAGAACGCAGUGUACAGCGGCUGUGUUACUGGAGGAGCCAUUGGAUUUCGUGCUGGUGCGAAGGCUGGGGUGCUGGGAUGUGGAGGCUUUGCUGCAUUCUCCGCUGCCAUUGAAUAUUAUUUACGGUGAACCACUAAAGAGUGGCUCUGUGGACUAAUAGGACGAGCCCUGUGAGGACUCUAACCUGUGAAUAUUAACCUGCACACGGAGGACUGCUGCAGAGCAGAACUGAUGGAUUUGGUGGAUGUGACAGGUUCCUGUUUUUCACAGUGGGCUGAAAAAAAAAGACGUGUAUUUUCCAGUGACUCAUUCAUUUUUACCAUGUGGACAGUUUCAACAAACAAACUUAAUGAGGAGAAAGCUGAGAGGAUCUGCUUCUGCGAAAAUGUUGAACACAAUUCACGUUGACUCUGAGUCACGACCAGCUCAAACCAGACUCAGAUUAAUGCUGUCUUAUUGUUUAACAUUAGUGUGUCUACUCAACCAGACCACGUUAAUAGUAUUUAUAUUAAAAAUGUUUUUUUGUUAA